AUGGGGAAUCUACUCACAGAUCUGGGAGACGGCUGUAUAAGAAGAGCAAAUGGAAGGCCGAGGAGGGAAGCGGAUCAACUGGCGCUCUGUUUAUCCUUUGAUGAUGGAUGGAGUCAUGGAGAUGGCGUUGGGAAGUAUCAGUACCAGCUUGAUUUUUGCGUGCCGAGGUCUGCAAUUUUGGCGAGUAAAACCGGAGAUUGA